AUGUCGAAUCGAGGCGAGAGCGUCAUCCUACCCAGCAACGCCGUCUUCCUAGUUCACAAGGUUGGCGGCACUAAAGCCGGCCGAGGUUCUCAAUGGGAAACUCGCACAAAAUCUAUGCGCGUCGCCCCAAAUCUGGCGCCUCGUAUAUCUGUGGCAGUCGAUGGAAAUAACGACUCGAAAUCAAAUCCCAAUAACACCGAGGGGGGUUCCCGGGAGUUUGUCGCCUACACACCUGGAAAACGACAACAGUUAACAAAGCGACCAAAAGAAGUCAAACGCGGCCGGCGUGCCAAACGCUCUGCGACACCGCCAAAAGAUCGCUCUUUAGUAUCUGUUAAAAAGGAACCGAAGUUGUCUCGCAACCCAAGUCCUAUGCCACCGGAGCUCCCCGUUGGCCUGGUAGGACAUGCUCUUCUUUACAUCAAUUUCUACUUCCAUUCAAUAGCCGCUGGCACAUAUACCCUACCAUGUCUCCUUUUCAACCCCGCCAAAAGAGACUGGUUUCCCAAAAUGAUGGAAGAUGAAGCUUGGCGGUGUAUCAUUCUGUCUCUCUCGGCCAACAGCCUGGCCUCGUUGACAGGUUCUUCCUCCAAUUACGUUGAUUCCCACUCUCUUCUUGAUGAGGCGCUACGGCAGCUCAAGAACCGGGUUGCGAGUGGCUCUCUACCCACUGAUCAGACGCUGGGGGCAAUAUCCUGCUUGGCCAUGUGGAGUAAUGACCAAGGCAACCAUGAUAAAGCUUGGAUUCACGCCCAAGGACUUGCAGAACUCGUCAAAUUACGAGGCGGCUUUUCCAAAAUUGAUAAUAGAAUGAGAUCUAAAGUGUAUCGAGGUGUUUUUGAUAUUGCAGUGGACGUUGAUAAGCCCCCACUACUAGACGAAGGCCUUCGGGACUCUCCAAGCAGAGAGAUCAUUUCAGAAGACAGCUUAGACUCGGAAUCUGAGCUACCUUUAUCCGAGUGCCGAAUCCCACCCCGACUGUCUAGCAUCUUUCAUGAUAUCACACAGCUUAACGCCGUUGUUGACGAUGCUAUGGCUCGUAACAUCAAGUUGGACACGGAUCAUCUCUACGAGUCUGUCUUUGGGCUUUACAAUCGCCUUCUCAGUUGCCAAUCAGACAAGAUGGGCGACUGCGAAAACAGCUUGCGCAUCUCUCUCAUCUUGUACAUCAAGUCUCUCACAUCAAAUGGGCGUUUUAACGCAACAUCUAUGAACUUGGUUCGCAAACUUCAGGCUUCUAUCCAAGGCUGCUUACACUCUCCAUCGCCCCUAGGGAGGUGGGAGCUAUUUAUGGGUAGUAUGGCUUCUUCAGAAGGAACUGUUGAACAGCGAUGGUUCUUUCAACAUUCGGCUGCAGCCAUGGCUGAAAGCCACAUGGCCAGCGAAGAUGGUUGGACGGCAUUCCAAGCAGAGCUGAACAGCAUUUUGUGGGUUAAGCCAGUCCACGAAGCUGCUGGAUAUUGUCUGUGGUUGCAGAUUACGGGAGCUCAGCCUACGUGA